AGGCCCCUCAGCGCCCAAUGGGGACCCGGCGCCUGUCCCACGUGACACGGCCGAACCAACCACUGGGCCGCCCCGGGGAGGCGAGAUUCCUGUCGGACCAAUGGGGAGCGGGCCGGGUCGGGUGGUGCGCGAGUCGGGUGACAGCGUCUGGGGCGGCCACGGCGGCCGAGAGGGGUCAGAAGCAGCGGGGAUCGGCUAGGGGGUCAGAGGUCAGGGCACGGAGGCCGAGGAGGGGUCGCGGCAGCCCCAUGGCGGCGGCGCUGGGCCGGGGCUGCCGCCGGCUGGCGCUGUGCAGGCCGCUCCGGGCCUGGCCGCGGGCCCGGGGCCACAGUCAGCAGGGCGAGCCGGCCAGCCUGGAAAUCAAACCCAAGACAACCCACGUUCCAAAGAUUUACACAAAAACAGGAGACAAAGGGUUUUCCAGCACAUACACUGGGGAGAGGCGAUCUAAAGAUGAUCAGGUCUUUGAAGCUUUGGGAACAACAGAUGAAUUGAGUUCUGCUAUUGGGGUUGCUAGUGAAUUAAGCCAGGAAAGUGGCCACACAUUUGUCGAACAACUUCACAAAGUCCAGUGUAUGCUGCAGGACGUUGGUUCCAACAUUGCAACUCCUCUCUCCUCAGCCAGGGAGGCUCACUUAAAACGAACAUCAUUUAGUGAAAAGCCAGUGCUGGAGCUGGAGCAGUGGAUUGAUAAAUACUCAGACCAACUUCCACCUCUCACUGCUUUCAUUUUGCCUUCUGGAGGUAAAAGUAGUUCUGCUCUUCAUUUCUCCAGAGCGGUCUGCCGAAGAGCAGAGAGGUGCGUUGUUCCUUUAGUACAAGCAGGAGAGGCAGAUGCAAAUGUGGCCAAAUACUUGAACAGACUUAGUGAUUUUCUCUUCAUUUUGGCACGUUAUGCUGCAAUGAAGGAAGGGAAGGAAGAGAAAAUAUAUACAAAAAGUGAAACAUAAAUUGGAGAUGAGACUAUACUUUCUAGAUCAUGAAAAGCUAAAUCCAGCCAAGUUUUCAUUCUGCAGGCAAGGCGGAGAGGAGAAUUCAAAAUGUGAAUUGCCACCAAUUCCCCCCAAUAAAAUCAUUCAAGAACUUGUUUAUAA